AUGGUUCGACCUUCACAGCCGAUGAUGGCGCGCUUGCGCUUGACUACGAAACAGGUCAAUGGUGGCUUUUACAAGGGAAACCGGACCGGGUCGAUGGGUUACUUUGCGAAGAACGGAUCGUACGUGAUUGACUGGAAGAAAGUCCGCACGUAUGCUGUUCCGGAGAAUUUGAAGGACUUCAAACUUACGCCGUUCGUAACAAAAGUUAUGGCCCCCACGAAGAGCAAAUACACUCACGAUAUCGAGAGGAACAACAAGACUUUCACCGCGGAAAGGGCACUUGGCGGCAAGGACUACCUUGAUAUCUGGGCAUCGGACAAUGGUGAGGAGGUUCUGAAGCAGGAAGAGCUAGACCAGGAGGCUGCGACGCGCCAGGCCUCCAAGAACCAUCGCAAAUAG